AUGUCUGCCAACGGCUCCGCCAUCCCGACUGAGUCCACCGACAUCCAAGACAAGGGAAAGGGCAAAUCCGUCGAGGAGCCUUCCCGCACUGUCGAUCUUGAGGAGGAGGACGAGGAGGAGGAGAGUGGUGCGGAAGAGGCCCCUGAAGAUGAUGAUGACGAUGACGACGAAGACAUGGAUGAAAUCGAUCCCGACAACAUUGUCGGCAGCCGCACUCGGAACAAGGACAUCAACUGGGCUGAGGCCAACGAGAAGCUCAAGGCAGAAGGCGAAGAUGUCGAUGAUGAGGAUGAGGACGAAGACGAUGACUUUGAGGACCCAGACGAUGAGGAUGCGAUGCGGGAUUGA